AUGCAGGUGACAUUCUGUAAGCUUCGGACUCACCAAUGGUGCUUCAUUUUAUUUAAUGUCAUCUUGUUUCAUGCCCUACUCUUUGGAGCUGACUUUGUGGAAGAAUAUUUUCUGCAAUCAUUACCAUAUGUAGAUGUGCGAGUUCUUGAGAUUAAGGACAAAGCCAGAAAAUUAAAUGUGGAACCCUUAAAAUAUAACCUCUCAAAAUUUUUUAUCUUGAGCCAGAAGGAGGCAUGCAAGGGAGAAGAUAUCUUUUUACUCUCUCUUAUCUUUAGCAGUCCAGAAAAUGGGUCAAGGAGAGAUUUGAUAAGGAAAACCUGGGCUAAUGUGACCACUAUACGAGGAUAUCCUAUACUCACAUUAUUUGCCUUAGGAAUGCCAGAUCUAGGAACCUCUCAGCAAGACAUCAAUAUGGAGUCUAAUAAAUACAGAGAUAUUAUUGAAGGGUUCUUCCUGGACAGUUCUGGGAACCAAACAUUAAAGACCAUCAUGAUGAUGCAGUGGGCUGUAACUUUCUGCCCAAAUGCUAUGUUCAUCCUCAAGGUCAAUGAAGAGAUGUUUGUCAAUCUCCCUAGCCUGGUAGACUAUCUUCUUAACUUAAAAAACCACCUUGAAGAGAUCUACGUGGGAAGGGUUAUCCAUCAGGAUAUGCCCAACAGAGAUCCUCGAAGCCAGAAUUUUGUUCCAGUUAGUGAGUAUCCAGAAAAGUACUACCCUGAUUACUGCAGUGGAGAGGCCUUUAUAGUAUCCCAAGAUGUAGCCCGUAUGAUGUACGUGGUUUUCAAGGAAACACCUUUGGCAAUACCUGCUGAUGUUUUUAUAGGAAUCUGCGCCAAGUAUGCUGGCCUCAUACCCAUCCACAGCUCACGGUUUUCUGGAGAGAAGCACAUUAGGUAUAAUCGAUGCUGCUAUAAAUUCAUCUUCACAUCCUCUGAAAUGACUGGUGAAGAAAUGCCUCUUGAGUGGAGGGAAGUAAAUGAUGGGAAAGAAUGCACUUUGCUUGAAACCUAUUAUGGGUUGGUCUCCUGCAAACUUCUAACUUAUCUUGAUAGUUUAAAAAACUUUAAUAUAGCACCUAUAAAAAAUGAUGCAAUGUAUUUUGCUAAUUAAGAUUUCAUUUUCCUACAGAAAAUAUAUGCUUUACAAUUUCUCUUUCUGCUAUCAUAGUAAAUAUUCCUCCUUUUGUAUUUUCCCCCAAAGGCUUAACUAUAAAAGUCUUUGCAAUUAUUAUUUUGGCAAGAGAAGCCCUUUUAUUCAUGUUCCAAAUACCAAUGAUCUAACAGUUCCUAAAGAAUUUAACUUAGUAUAGAAUUCUUUCUGCAAUCAACUUUUUUUUUUUUAAGAAGGAAUGUAUUAAAUUUAUUUCUGUGAAAAAUUGCCUCUUGUUCUUUUUAAUUAUAGUACUUCUUAAUAAUUCAAGACAAUUCAAAGACAAUCAUAAUAUUAAUGGAACUAACUUUGCAUUUUUUGGUCUCUGAUGACAAUAUCUGAAUGACUAUAUCUGACACCUGAAAAAAAUUAAAUAGAAUUAUAGAAUUAUUUUAAAAUGUUACUCAAUAUAGUGUGCAUGCGGCAAAUGAAUCUGUAAACUUAAAAAAUCAUGUUCCAUUAUCUACUCUUAAAGAAUUAAAUAUAGACUCUCUCUCUCUCUCUCUAUAUAUAUAUAUAUAAAUCUUAAAUUUUAUUUAGGUGUCCAAGUUCUUUGAAUUAGCACAUUUCCUCCUAUGCUACUAAUUUUCAGAAGUUUUUUGACUUAAGUCCCAAACAGACCCCACAAUACAAAAAGGAUGCAACUCAUUUAUUCAUUUGGUGUUGUUGCACAGUAAUGCUCUCAUAAGAUGGAUAAGAACUAACUAGGAUUAAAGAAUUAGAAAUAUAUAAAGAGCUGAAAGAAAUCUUAGAGGUUAUUAGAUAUAAAUUUCUCAUGUAUAAAGUGCCUUAAAAAUCUCAGUUAUGUAGCCUCUACUUUGUGACAGCUAGAAAGGACAUCAGAGAUCACAUUGCCACCUAAUUAAUUUCCUAUUUAAUAGAUAAAGAAAUCAAGGCCCAGAAAGGUACAGUGACUUGCCUAAGUUACACUACUAGUAAUGGAGUCUAUUCCCAAAUCUAAUUCUUUUUUAAUUCCAAAUCCUUCUAUUCCAAAUCCAAAUUUCUUCUAUUAUCACCACAAACCAGAAUUAUUUUUAAAUGGAAUUUUAAUAUGAGAUUAAAAAGGGAACAUGGGAUGGAUUUUGCAUACACUGCUGCUUCAGCAAUUUCAAAAUAUCAUUUUAGGAUCUGAAUGUCUUUUAAUUCAACAGACCUUGCUCUCAAAUUCUUGAAACCGAAUCAUAUUCUUCUCUAUGCAACUUGCUUUCCAAAUUAUCACUAUUACUUUACCAGAGGCAGCAAGGUGGCAAGUGGAUGAAUUUGGAGAGUAGUUCUUACUUUAAAUCUGGUCUCAAACACUUAACAGAUGUGUGACUUCUAGACUAGUCAUUUAAUCUCUUCUUCAGUUUCCUUAUCUAAUAAUAAUAGCACCUAUCUCCCAGGAUUUUUUUGAGGAUCAAAUAUAGUCAUGUUAUUGGUUUAGAAGUAUGUUUCUUUUCUGGUAAUAACAAUAAUAGCUAAUAUUUAAAUGUAGUUUUAAAAUUUGCAAAGCACUUUAAAAAUAUUAUUAUAUUUGACCAUUAUGUCUGCCUCUUAGAAUUCCUAACUCCCUUCCAAGCAUAGCUAUUCAAAUGGCCCCUUUCCUAUGAUACCUUUCCUGAACCUUCCAAGUGUUAAUGCUUCUCCUUAAGAAAUUACAAUGUAUUAUGUAUUUUACAUACAUACAAUGUAUAUAUUUGUAAAUACAUGCUGUUUCCUUUAAGAAAAAGUCAGCUCUUUGAAAGCAUUUUUGCCUUUGUAUAUUUCAAUGCGUAAUGCACUGCUUAAUAUUUUAUAGUUUUCUUGGAUAGAACAGUCACCAAAUUUAUUCGGAAAAACUAAUUUCAAAACAUUAAUGUAUGAAAAAGCAAGUCAUUAGUUGUACUGAUGUGUUACAGAAGUAAUAGAGAUGGAAAGAGAACCAGCUGGGCAGUCAAGAGACCUGAGUUCUAAUGACAGUGUUACUACCAACUCAUUGUAUGUCCUUGGGGGCAAGUUACUUUCCUUCUCUAGGCCUCAAUUUCCUCAUGGAUAAAACCACAAGAUCCCAAAAGUUCCUUCCAGCACAAAAAUCCUACAAUUCCAAAACCCAUCUUUACCAAACUGAUACUAAGCCCUUUGAUUUAGGCCACUGCAAGGUACUAAAGAGGUGACUGGUUAAUGAUGAUAGAGAAAUAUUAGUAGUUAUUAGCUGUAGAAAGGUCUCUUCUAAGUUUAACAUCCUGUUUGUAUUAACUCAAGCCUAGUACCUAUAGAGAAAUACUGAGUGCCA